AUGAAUGAAAACUCUCUAUUUUCAUCUUACUUACAUAAAUUUACCUUGAUAUUACUGUGUGUAUUUAUGGAUUAUUAUAACAAGUACAUGUAUAAUAUGCCUAAACACUGUGCAGACAAAUUAAUUUGUAGCGGAAUCCAAAUCAUGGCAGCCGUUCAAAUUGGGAUAAACAAGGAAGAAACUAUAGACGCUAAACAUGAAAAACAUCAGAUGGAGAAAAAGCAAAAAAAAUUGAAGCGAAAAGCAGAGACUGGCACUUCUUCAAGCGAUUCAUCGAAAUCUGGUAAAGAGUCGCCGGACGAGAAAGAUGAAGGCGAAAAGAAGAAAAAGAAGAAGAAAAAGCUGAAGAAGUCGAAACAACCACUUACCGACGAAAACUACCCAAGGUUGCAAUCUACAGAAAACAACUUGCAAAAGCCUAUAAAAAUUGCAGAUCUGCAAGAGCUUUUAUUCUGGUGCCUCGCCGAUGGACAAGCACCACCUUGGGUUUUGGUACGAAACAAACAACAUAUUCGUCGUGCAGUAGUUUUGCUGGUACCUGGUUUAGAACCUUCGCAAUUUGGAUUCAAACCAGUGAAGGGUGACAAGCGUUCGUUUUUGCUGCCUUCUCUUUUAAAGGAUGCAUGUCCCAGUGAACUAUCAGACUUUGAUGACAUUUUUAAACAAGCAUGGCCGACUCGAUCUCCUGGAGACCGAUAUCGAGUAUUCUCUCCUGUAAAUGCUUUUUUGCAAUCGGUUUUAAGCAAUGAACAAAAAAAGAAGAGAGACCGAGAAAUGAAAUCCAUGUCGAAGUCCAGUAAGCCGGAAGAUUACCUCAUGUCUUAUGAGUCUUUUAUUGAAGAUGAAUAUCCUCUUCAUCCUACCAUCAAUCUUGAUUCAGAGCCCGUCGAGCUUCCUGAUGGUUGGGUUGCUUCCAACGCCGAUUUCCAUCAACGCCCACAAAAUACAAUCAUCAUCGCUAUGGAUUGCGAGAUGGUAAAGACUGAAAGUGGUUCCGAAAUUGCUCGUGUGACCCUUGUCGAUAUGAAAAACGAAGUCUUGUAUGAUGAGCUAGUCAAGCCAGAUUUCGCAAUUACCGAUUAUGUGACCCAAUUUUCUGGUAUAACUGAGGAAAAACUGGCUCCAGUCACAACUAGGCUGGAAGAUGUGCAUACUUAUUUACAGAAAACAAUUGACAAUAAUGUGGUUUUACUGGGACAUAGCCUUAACUCGGAUCUCGGUUGCCUUCGUUUUGUUCAUCCUCAUAUUAUAGAUACAGCUAACAUCUAUAAUCACACACGUGGUCCUCCUUCAAAGCCGUCGCUAAAAUGGUUGGCUUCGAAGUGGCUGCAUAAAGAAAUCCAGAAGGUUGGAGCUUUGGGUCACGAUUCAGCAGAAGAUGCCACGACGUGUAUCGAACUUUUGAAAUUAAAAUUAAAAAAUGGUCCUGGCUUUGGUUUGUUUAAUCAAGAUUUUGAAUCUAUUUUUCAUCGCCUUUCACGACAGCAGCCUACACCAUUAAUUGGCGCAGUUGCUGACUAUGGAAAUCCGGAAGCCUGCAUUGGAAAAGCGGCCCACAAAAACGUAUCUUGUUCAAAUGAUGAUGAAAUUAUCAGUGCUGCCGUUACUUUGUCUGAUAUGCACAACUUCGUUUGGGCCCGAUUGCGGGAAGUAGAGCAGGUGGCUCGAUGGAACGUUAAUAGAGGAAAUCAGAAACAAAACGAUAGCACGGAUUCUGAUACAAGUGCUGGAGAGCAAGAUAACGAUGAAGUAAAUCUUUCUCAAGCAUUUGUUCACUUGAAUAGAAGAAUUCGACUUUUGUACGAUUCUCUUCCAACUGGUACGCUUUUCAUGAUUUAUACUGGAACAGGAAAUCCUAUAGAGAUGUCUAGAUUGAACGGGAUUCGCCAAAACUUCCGAAAAGAGUAUCAAACAAAAAAAUGGGACGAGCUGUCAGUACAUUGGACAGAUGAAGAAAAUGUAAAACUUAUUAACUCCGUCGAAAGCACUCGGAACGGUCUUUCCUUUUUUACCAUAAAGUAGAAAGGAAUUUGGAUUUUUUAGAGGUUUACAAGUCUGAUGCUGGUUGUUUAGACCUUUUGUACAACACACAUGAAUAAUCUAUAUCAUGCGAGGUUUUUGGGUUUAAUUACAUUCAUGGAAUGUGGUAAUCAUUUAGAUAUACAUAAUACCUUUUGAAAUUUUAGGAUCAAUGGUACGUGAUUUUCAAGGAGAAUAUUAGAAAAGUAGUAGUAGUAAGUAUCAAAUUUCAUAAACA